UAUUUAACUGAUGAAGAUCUACUUUUAAUUGAUUCAACUAGGAUUUUUAAUUCUGAUGAAGCUGCAGUUUCAUUAAAUCCAAAGCCACCAACUGUUCUUGCUCCAAAAGGUUUAAAAAAUGUAUAUAAUGUUGUGAAUAACAAUGAAAAAGAAAAUAUCACUGUGCUAGUAACAGCCAAUGCAGCAGGUACUCUUGCUCCGACUUUGGUGCUAUUUAGUGGAGAAAGUUUGCCUAAAGAUGUUAUUAAGGUAGCACCAGCUAAUUAUAGUUUUGGUCACUCGGAGAAUGGUUGGAUGACAGCUAAAAAUUUCUAUGAGUACAUAGCAAAUGUUUUUUAUCCGUGGUUGAUAGACAAGAAGAUAAAACUAACAAUUAUAUUAUAUAUUGAUGGACAUUCUUCACACAUUACUUUGCCAUUAAGUGAAUUUUGUCGUGAGAAAAAAAUUAUCCUAAUUGCAUUGUAUCCUAAUUCUACGCACAUUCUUCAACCUUUGGACGUGGCUUUGUUCCGUACUUUUAAAAUGGCUUGGUAAAAAUCCUUUCAAGCUUUUUGUCAGAAAUGCGGUACUGUAAGUAUUAAAAAGUGUCAAUUUGCACUUGUGCUAGAAGAAACUUUUAAAAAAUUAGAUCUUAAAAAAAUCAUGGAACAUGGAUUCAAGGCAUGUGGACUAUGUCCCUUGGAUGUUAAUGCUAUUGACUUUAAAAAAGUUUUCAAUAGAUUAAAAAGUUCAUCUAGUGAAACAAUAAGUAAUUUAGAAACGACAGAAGAAAAUACAAAGAAUAUUGAAGGAUUAACUUUUUUGGAAAGUUUAAUCGAUAAAACUAAACUAGAAUCGUUUAAAAAUCAUGGCAGCUCUAAUUGGACUGGACCAGAAGAAGAUAAAAGUCUCUUUGACGUAUGGUAUUUAGCAACGAAUAAAAAAAUUGAUCAAAUUGUUGAUUUCCCUGAGGAGAAUUUUUGGUUGAAGGAACCACAAUGUCUCUUCAAGGAAACCAUCUAGAAGAUGCUGACAACAUAGCAAUACCACUAGAACAAAACUUGGAGCCACUGAAUGAUCCAAUAAAUAUGUCAAAAGAUGAUGAGACUAUGGAAAAUGAUAACGUUGAUUUGUUAUUGGGAUUGACGUUUGAUAUGCAUGGAAAUCUGAUUCAGGAUUUAAAUGCAACAGAGCAAUUGACUGCGAAUUUCCUGACUCCAGAAUUACCAGUUGUGAUUGACUCUGACCAAUCUACGGACAUUCUUUCCUCAACACCAGUCACCGAAGAUUCUGUCCUCUCCAAUCAAGAAACUCCAACCAUUUCACUAAUACCACCGGAACCACGACUCUUGGUGAUUGAAGAAACUCCAAUUGUCGCUUCAGACGCUAUGGAGAUAGAAGUACCUGAAUCAGGAGAAGUUAUUCCUGAAAAGUCACUAGUCAUAAGACCAAACGUUCUAGAAUUAGAAAUUAGAAGCUCUAGCAACUUCUGAAAAUUUCGACAGGGAAAAAAUUCUUCCACUUGAAGAUGUCUCUAAUAAUUGUGACCUAGAAGUUGGAAAAUUCUCUGAUCCAUUUCAAAAACUGUUACAUUGGCCAAGGUGUGAUCUUUCAACAAAAAAUAAAAAACGUGCAAUUAAUUCGAUGAAAAUUCCAUCUGUGCUGACCAGUACUCAAUGGCAAUCGAUUAAAAAAGCCAAAGAAAACGAAAUACAGUCAAAGAAAGAAGCAAUAGUUUUAAGAAGAAAAAUUAAAAUUGAAAAA